GCCCGCGGCCCAUGUCCUCUGUGCCGUUGCGCUCGUCCCCGCGGCGGCCCGCCGGCAUGAAGAAGGAGGAGUCUUUCCUGGGCAAGCUGGGCGGCACGCUGGCGAGGAAGAAGAAGGCCCGGGAGGUGAGCGACCUGCAGGAGGAAGGCAAGAAGGCCAUCAACUCGCCCAUGUCCCCCGCCCUGCUGGACCUGCACCCGGAGGACACCCUGCUAGAGGAGAAUGAGGAGCGUACAAUGAUCGACCCCACCUCCAGGGAUGACCCCAAGUUCAAGGAGCUGGUCAAGGUCCUCAUCGACUGGAUCAACGACGUGCUGGCGGAGGAGAGGAUCAUCGUGAAGCAGCUGGAAGAGGACCUGUACGACGGCCAGGUGCUGCAGAAGCUCUUGGAGAAGCUGGCCGGCUGCAAACUGAACGUGGCCGAGGUGACGCAGUCUGAAGUCGGGCAGAAGCAGAAGCUGCAGACGGUGCUGGAGACGGUGCAGGAGCUGCUGAGGCCCCACGGCUGGGCGCUGCGGUGGGCGGUGGACGCCAUCCACGGGAAGAACCUGGUGGCCAUCCUCCACCUGCUCGUGUCCCUGGCCACGCACUUCCGGGCCCCGAUCCGCCUCCCUGAACAUGUCUCCGUGCAAGUGGUGGUCGUGCGGAAGCGGGAAGGCCUGCUGCAUUCCAGCCACGUCACGGAGGAGCUGACCACGACCACCGAGCAGAUGAUGGGGCGCUUUGAGCGGGACGCCUUCGACACGCUGUUUGACCACGCCCCGGACAAGCUCAGCUUGGUGAAGAAGUCUCUCAUCACGUUUGUGAACAAGCACCUGAACAAGCUGAAUUUGGAGGUGACGGAACUGGAGACCCAGUUUGCAGACGGCGUGUACCUGGUGCUGCUCAUGGGCCUGCUGGAGGACUACUUCGUGCCGCUGCAGCACUUCUACCUGACCCCGGACAGCUUCGACCAGAAGGUGCACAACGUGUCCUUUGCCUUUGAGCUGAUGCUGGAUGGAGGGCUCAAGAAACCCAAGGCUCGGCCCGAAGACGUGGUGAACCUGGACCUGAAAUCCACCCUGCGGGUCCUUUACAACAUGUUCAACAAGUACAAGGAGGUGGAGUGACCUCGGCGGCGACGUCCCCUGUGCUGCUCCGCGAGCCCGCGUCUUCCCCGCCCCCUCCCGCCCGCCUCUGUUGCUGCCCUGACCUCCUUCCCACGCGCCUGCCGUGCAGGGUCCCAGACCCGGUGCUCACGUCCGAGGCCUCGCUGCACCGGGGGCCUGGGCGCGAGUCCCUGGUUGCGGGCUUGGAUGGAAGGGUGAAAGGGGAGAAAGCCGGACCCAAGCCCCCCCGGCCCUGGGAGGGGCCCUGCGGUCCAGCGGCGGGCACAUUAGUGACCACAGGCCGCAGAAGGGCCCCUGCAGCUGGCCAUCCUGGCGGAGUCUCCCGGGAGGGCUCUCCUCGGAAACCAGGCCUUUGAUUAAAAGCCGUUUGCCGUUUUAAAAACUCCA